GCGGCUUGAGGAUGCCGCACGACUUCUCCUCAUUCGUAUUCACAACAUACAACCGCACGAAACCACUCGCAAAAAACGAUCGAUAACAUAAAACUACUCAGAUAAUCAAACCUUUCUGAGCACACCGCGUAAAAAUACCAACCACGUGCUUGUAACAUAGAUAUCGAAUAUUUUUAUGUAACCGAUUUCAUAUUGAUGGAAUCGCGUGGUUCUACCGCACACCGGCGUCAACAAUGUAGCCAUAGUGACGCGACCCUGUUGACAGUUUGACAGUUUUACAAUGCCUUUUAUUUUAAUAAACAAGUUUAUUAAACGUUGAGUGUUGUCUUGUUGUAAUGUUAUUUGUGACGACAAUAAUUUUGGUGGGUAAUUAAUAAUUUGAUAAACGCAAAGAUGGGGAAUGGUAUGAACAAGGUGCUACCGGGGCUGUACGUUGGCAACUACCGGGACUCGAAGGACCCAGUCCAGCUUGAAAAAUACAAGAUCACACACAUACUCUCCAUACACGACGCUGCUAGACGACUACAUUCCGACAAACACUACCUGUGCAUAAUGGCUUCAGACUCUCCAGACCAGAACCUGACGCAGUAUUUCAGUCUCUGUAAUGACUUCAUACAUGCAGCGAGGCUCAGGGAUGGCAACGUACUUAUACACUGCUUGGCAGGCAUGUCCCGGAGCGUGACUGUGGCAGUAGCGUACAUUAUGUCGGUGACAUCGCUAUCAUGGCGAGAGGCACUGAAGGUGGUCCGAGCGGGAAGAGCCGUCGCCAACCCCAACUUCGGCUUCCAGAGGCAGCUACAGGACUUUGAGACUUAUAAACUUGUUGAGGAGAGGAGGCGACUAAAAGAGCGAUAUCCAUCAUUGGCGCUAGCGGACAGUGAUAUGACCGAAUGCAGAGUGAUGUUGGAUUCCUACCAGACUAUGUUAAACCAAAAAACUAUCUGCGAGGGAAAAUGCGCCAUGGGAAGACAGUGUCCUACUGGCGUCUGCAGAACAGGUUCAAAACGACAGCCGCGACAGCGGAGGCCGUCCACAGUGACCGGCGGUACAGAACCAACGACGACAACGGCGAUGAAGCGCUCGCCUUCCACUCUGUCCACGACAUCCACUAUGUCAGGGUACCGCCCGAGAUCCUCGCCUGCAGGUCUCUAUAGCUAUACUGGGGCAACAGCAAACAGCCGACCGUCGCGGUCAGCGUCAGGAAUCAGCAUGACCCGUGUGACGGACGCGAACGGUGGCGGAACCGGCAUCGCCGUCGGCGGCACGGAGUACUUGCGGCGGCGCGCUGCAUCUGCGCCCGCGACACCGGCUAUAUCUCCAGCACCUUCACCGCCAGGCUCACCGCACAGAGGAGCUGUCAAUAGACAAAAUAAAGGAGGCUGUGCAUGGGUGAUUCCAUCGGUGAACUGGGACCCGGAUUCAAUGUAGCACGUCACCCCACAAGCACUUAAUCACCUCCUGCUUAUGAAAAGAUCCCGUGCCGUGCAACGCUGCACGUAACCCCUGCUCCGCCGGUCCGUAUCCGCCCACUGUCAGCACCAGAACGCCGACCGCUCGCCAAUGCAACGCCAAGACCCCAAUGCUGAGACAGACGUAGACGUCCAGCCACAACGAGAACAAUUAUCACUCAUUACUGAAUAAAAUAAUGUCAUUCACCAUUCGACAUAAGUCUCCGAGUUGCC